AUGGACGAGCCCCAAAUACGUGAGCGUUCGUCCUCCGAAGGUGCACCUAGCACUGCCCCAACAACACCAGAAGCAACGGAGCCUCAUGACAACGACGAUAUUUGGGCCUCAGACAAUGAUCACGAAUCUAAUGCAGCCACUACAGGCCAACAAAGUCGCGAGGACCUCCCGUCCGAUCUGCCUACUGUCAAGCGACAACACAUGACCGAUGGCUAUCGGGAAGGGUUGUCGGUGGGAAAAGCAAAGGUAAUGCAGAAUGGAUUUGAUAGUGGCUAUCCCAUUGGCGUAUCCAUUGCUCUGAGAGCUGGCAAGAUUCUAGGCUGUCUCGAAGGUGUAGUAGCUAUAAAGGACCUCAAUGAAGAGACGAGGGCGCCAGUAAAGAAGAUGCUUGAGCAGGCUAGGCAGGAUUUGGCUGUGUCAUCCCUACUAAGAGACAUGACUGAUGAGACCAUCAUGGAGAGCUCAUCCAUACCAGACUCAGUCGACAUCGUGUUAAGAAAGUGGGAGAAGGUUACUUUCGGCGUUGGUGAAGAGUCAGGUGAAAGUGAGAGUUGA